AUGGAGGAGAAUACCGAAGCCACGAAUACUACGGUUUCUGCGCCCGAUGAUGCUGCCGCUGAAAAGUUGCCGGAGCAACGACGAGAACCAGAAGUGAGAGCAGAGAAGGAGGAGGAAAAACCUACCGCACCACCAAUCGCUCCAACAAUAAUUCCGGAACCGACGAAACCAACUUCGACGACCACCACCACAACGACGACGACGACGACGAAGAAGUCGAUCGCGAAAGAGUUAGCCUCGCACAACUCCGCCAAGGAACCGGAACUGAAAACCGGGAAACGCGAGAGGAAGAAGACGGAGUUUUUAUCCGCGACGGUGUUGCAAUCCCCAACGAAAAAAGGAGAGGAGAGGAAGAAAGAGCAGGUCGGGAAAGGAGUGAAAUUGAGGGAGAUUGAAAACGUGAAGUUCGCGAUGGACAAGAUGAAGCGAGACGACGAGCUCCUCGUUCUCGUCCACCGGCUCUUGUACAAGACGCCAGGGAAAGAAAUCUCGCGGAAACGAGAUAUUCUGGACUUUUCCGGUUUCGUCUACGAGGACGAAGUGAAAGACCGAGAGAAGAAAGUCGUCGCGUUGGAGAAAAUCUUCCAAAAGCCGCGAUUUCAAAUCAUGGACAUGUUCGAUUUGCCGAGAGGGAGCGGCGCGGAAGGCUCCAAGGAGGCGCAAAUCGAACGAAUCUUGAAGUUUUUGGAGAAACCGGCGGCGACGGAAGGGAGACAGAGUAAAGUGGAGUUGAAGGAGAAGAAGAAGGCGAAGGUUGCCGCGAAGGCGACGAAGAAGAGAAAGAAAACGGAGGCGAAGAAGAAGAAAGCGGCGACUAAAGCCGCCAAGCCAGCGAAAGCAGUCUCGAACGAAGUCGCCAAGUUGAAGAAACAAAACGCGGAUUUGAAGAAGAAGUUGGAAGCGGCGUUGCAAAAGAUUGAAAAGUUGACCGGCGAGAAGGUUGAGCGCGACGACGAGGAAGAAGAGGAAGAGGAGGAAGAAGAGGAAGAAGAAGAAGAAGAAGAGGAGGAGGAAGAAGAAGAGGAGGAGGAAGAAGAAGAAGAAGAAGAAGAGGAGGAGGAAGAGAAGAUGCCGGCGAAGAAGGCGAGGAAAGCGCCGUCGGAAGAGCCAGCUGAGCCAGAGAAGAAACGCGAGGAGGAAGUAGUAGCAGUAGCAGCCGAGCCAGAGAAGAGGGAACCUACGCCUUCAGCAGCGAUACCUUCGACGGACAACAACGUCAGCGCUAGUGUCGUAGGGAAUCCGCAACCGACGGAGCAGCAAAUCAGAGAAGCUAUCGUCGCGAUGUUGCAAAGCGCAGACUUGGACGAGAUAUCCAUCAAGAAGAUUCGGAAAGAGUUGGAGGAGAGAUUUAAUUGUCCCAUGAAGGAGAAGAAGGAGAUGAUUAAACAAAUCGUCACCGAGUCCAUCGGUAUGGGAAUAGGAGGGGAAUGA